UAGCAUUGUACCAGCUGGUGUGGCCUGUUUACACAUGGUGGAAUCCCUGUACAGCAGCUUCUUCAAUUCCAAUACUGACCUGUGAUUUCUUCAAAGUUCGUGUCUGUAUAUAAUUUGAAGAUUAGGAGUGGAUUAUAGCAGGAAUUCUGCAUGCCCUGAGGAUGAAAUGGCAUUGCCUUGAGGAUCAUAUGAGGUUCUUGAGGUACCUAAGAAAAUUACAGUACCAGCAAAUGAAAAAACAAUAGCUGCUGGAGAAAAGAUCAUGUCCAAAGUCGUGUCAGUGUUCUGUAAACCACAUUAGUGGAUUGUGAUGGUCACAUCUUCAGACAAACAUAGUAUGACAUGGAUCUGACAGUUUUCCUUUUGGCUGGAAACAAUUCCAUUCAUGUGAACUACUCAGAGAAGAAUGAAAGUUUAAAAGUCUAUGAGGGUGACUGUUUUGCAUCUUUGGCCAUAGUGUUUACCUUGGCACUAGCGUAUAGUGCAGUCAUUAUUCUGGGUGGUGCUGGAAACCUAGCUCUCAUUAUCAUCAUCUUGAAGCAAAAGGAGAUGCACAAUGUGACAAACAUACUUAUUGCCAAUCUGUCUUUUUCGGAUCUCCUAAUAUCAAUUAUGUGUUUGCCCUUCACUCUUGUCUACACUUUCAUGGACCACUGGAUAUUUGGUAUGGCCAUGUGCAAAAUUAAUUCCCUUGUGCAGUGCAUUUCAGUCACAGUGUCCAUCUUAUCCUUGGUUCUCAUAGCAAUUGAGCGUCACCAGUUAAUUGUCAACCCUAGAGGCUGGAGACCAAACAACAGGCAUGCUUACAUAGGUAUUGCAGCCAUAUGGAUACUGGCACUUUUGAUUUCCCUGCCGUUCAUGAUCUUCAUGGUUUUGACAGAUGAGCCCUUUAGAAAUGGAGCAGACACAAUUGAGACAUAUGAAGGAAAAUAUGCAUGUAUGGACAAGUUUCCAUCAGAGACAUUUAGGCUCACGUACACAACUUGUCUGAUGGUGAUGCAGUACUUUGGACCUCUCUUCUUUAUAUUUAUUUGCUAUUUAAAAAUAUACAUGCGUUUAAAAAGAAGAAAUGACAUUAUGGAGAGGAUGAGAGACAAUAAAUACAGAUCCAGUGAAACAAAAAGGAUCAACAUGAUGUUUAUUUCCAUUGUGGUGGCUUUUGCUGUCUGCUGGCUGCCUCUUAACAUCUUUAAUGCAGUUUUUGAUUGGAAUCAUGAAAUUAUUGAAAGCUGCAAUCAUAACCUUCUCUUUUCAAUCUGUCACCUAACGGCAAUGAUCUCCACCUGCGUAAACCCAAUAUUCUAUGGAUUUCUCAACAAGAACUUCCAGAGAGAUUUGCAAGUUCUGUUCUGGUUUUGCAAAUGUAGCUCCAGAGAAGAGGAUUAUGAAACUAUAGCCAUGUCGACAAUGCACACUGAUGUCUCCAAGUCCUCCUUGAAACAGAUGGCAUCUAUUGCUUAAAUUAAGGCAAGCAGUACUAUAUGGCGUGUCAGUGUGAUUGUUAGAAGACAAGCACAAUCUUCUUAAUGACGUGUUAUAUGAACCUUUUCUACUAUCCCCUUGGAAGUUUUAUUAUAAUUAGCAGUUACUAUUUCUGAGCUGUGCAUAACCAUGGUAUUGUCGCUGCGCACCUUUCAUUCAUAUGGGCCCAUUUAUGAGCUAUGACUAUGCAGGUGAUUCUCACCUUCACCUAUGUGACAGUCCUGUUACUUUUGUUAUUUUACUUAAAUGCAUUUUCUGUUUUACAUGAAAGUGUGUUAUACUUUCUCUUGUCCAUCCUCUGCUUUAAUAUCUUAUUCGACAAUAGAGUAAGUACCUGAUAGAUCUUUUCUGUAUAGUACAAGGACUCUUUGUAAGAGUAACAUUUUUACAAGGUUGUGUAUUAUUGCAAACAGAAGGAAGCAGCAUUUGAUGUGGCUGUGCUUUCAUUUCUCUCUCCUUUUUCUCUGUUUAGCCUAUAGUCGUGUCUACAUAGACUGUACAUAUCCACAGACAUUCAUGCACUCUAAACUGCUUCUUUCUUCCUAUUUCUACUCCUGCUGAAACAUAGCAGCAAGCAUCUUGCUUGCUUUCUUAGACUGGUAUAGUUUGAAACUAAUACUAGUAAUUGGAACGCUGUUUUAUAAUGUGCAUAUUCCUUAUAUUUCCCCCUUGUACAUGCAGUUGUGCAUAUGCACUCAAACAGAAACCCAGGCUUACCUGAAACUUGAAAUGUGGUGAGCAAGAGAGAAGGCACAGCAAUAGCAGCUAAAUGGUCAAUGAGAGUUUCGAUUAACAUUGCAUUUAUUCAACAGCGGCUUGCCUUGUUCUUCAUGCAGUUUUGUAAAGUGGUUUGUUCACACUCUUUUGACCAUGUACUAAACUAAUAUAAUUUAUUUACAAAUGUGUGGCAUAGCAUCAACAAAAAUAUUCAACUUGCUGCAAUUUUAUGUACAAAAUGAAUACCUCAGUACAGUGCAGUACUGUGAGAAACUAUGUAAAACAGAAUGAACUGAAAAAAUAAUUUCAACGUUAUGUAAAAUAACUUAAGUUUUAGUAAUAUUUAUGGAAUAUAAAUCAUAAAAAUGUUGUUGCAGAACAUCUGGAAGAAUAGUACACUUGUCUGCCUCCCUGCUACACAGUUAUGGUCCUGCAGAGUUAUUUCUUCAUUCUUUUUAAGCUGACUUAGCAUUACAUAAAGUGUUGCUUUUGUUAAGGUCACUGUAUGUCACAUUGGAGCAUCACUAUAGGAUUUGUUACAUUGUUGUGGCCAUUGUAUUAGAUACUACCGUUUAGCAAAAUGAAUUACAAUGUGUAGGGGAAUUUUAAUAACUGUUCCAAAUGCCAGAUAUUCAGCCCUGCAACAUAUUACCAAAGGGAGGAAAAAUUGCUGUCCCAUUUCACGAAGAUUGCUGCAGUCAGAAGCUGUUUCUGUGAAGACUAGUGGAAAGAUUUCCUUUCACAGACCUUGACAUAUGUCAAAGCACCACUACAAGAGCAAGUACUAGUAGGCUAAGACCAGACUUGCAUCUCCUCCACAUAUGUUCACUGCCCAUCAGCCAAAUUAACGCUUUUAGCAAAAGAUUGAUCUUUUACCUCCAUUGUCAAAGACCUCAGGUUGGGGGGAGGUACACCCUCAGCUCCCACUUGGAAGUUCUUCUAUCAGUCUAUUUUGUAAUGAUUAGCGUGAUACCAUGAUUGAACAAUCUGAUUCAAAAAAAUGGUCCCUUGAGUUAUUCAUCACAGAGGGGUUUUGGGGCCAGUAGUUCUCCUCCUGGUUAUGGCCAUAAGACCUCCAUAGACCAGCAGGAAAUUGAUAAGGAAAUAUUCUUGGCUGUCCUGCAAGAGGCUUCCAUCUCAUAGCCUGCACAUGAAACAGUUGUUCAAUGUCUUCUAGGAACUUUGAAUGCAGAUACAGGAGACAAAAAGUUCAACCAAAUGCCCAUGCUAGCCCUUGAGCAAGCCUGUUCCAAUACUUAUAGUAACAGUAUGAUCAGGAGAGAUUUGUCAUUGCCUAUUUCUCUGCUGUUUUAUACUAAUGUGUUAUGUACUUGCCUUUAUGCAAGACUGUGUCCCCAAAAAAUGGGUGCUCUGGUUCUUCCUUACCUUUGGGGUCCUUUGAGGAUUUGUUAGAUCUUGAUGUCAUGGCCUUUAUGAUGGCCAGGGAUAAUGAGGCCUUCCACUUCACAUAUGCUGUAGCUGACCCAGCAUUUAGAGAUACCCUUGGUCUUAUGAGGAGCAGCUUGGAAAAGCCUAUUACCCCUGUUUCUUCCCCCAGAAAUGUCUGGCAAUGUUUCUCAAAAGAAGUCUGAGGAGCCCUUGGCCAUCCCCCCUGUCCUAUCCUUUCCUCUCCACUCCCUGGAAUCUGUCAUUAAGGAUGCCAUUUUGCCUUGAUUGCCCUUUAAAGGGCUAAAAACUUUUGCAAGCUGCUGCCAUGCCCGAGACAGUUACAGCACUAAAAUUUCCACUGCUCAUUGUUUUAAUUUCUGUAGUCCAAAUUAAAUCCCAGCUACUACAGACUUUUACUAUCUUGUGGCUAGACUAGGAGUACAUCUUAGAUAUUUGUAGCAAAAGAGUAUAUGUCUGUGUCACAGAGAGGCUUAGGCUGCUAAACUGUUCACCUAACCUGUCCUAGUUCUGGGUGUAUCUGAUGAGAAAAGUAAUGAUUAAGCUGAUAUACCUGCCACAGUCUGGACUGAAGGAAGAGUUGUAUGGCCUUCCAUCGGAAUGCAGUGUUUUCUAUUAUGGUGUUGAUUGUGUUAACACUAUGGCAAGGGAUGUAGUCAUGGAUAUGUACCUGAGUGGCACAUUUGAGAGUGCCCUUCCUUAAGAAUGAGCUCGGGAGCAAGAUGCUGGAUGCCUAUUUUCUGGGGGAUAGGCUCUUCCACCAGCUUCCCUACAACACCUUUGAAGACCUCAUGAAGAGGAAACAGUCACUCAUAUCUCUGCAAGAUCUCUAUAAUCCCUCUCAGAUGUUUUCAUCCCUUCCUAUAUGAAAGCUAUCCAACUCCUGAAGAAGUGAUUAAUGUGGCAUUUGAAGAUGAUCCUUAGUCAUCGUGUGGGCCUACUCUCGCUCCAGUACCAAUGAAGUUGCCUGCAUUGCAGACUCUUCUGCUAUGCUUAUAGCAGUCCAGACUAUGUUCUUGGACUGCUGCCACAUGAGAGAGGUGGUGGUUCUUUGUAUUUAUCUCAGUUUUGAGAACCAUCUCAGUGAACCAGUGAGUUCAACCUGUGGUUGUCUAAGGGCACAAUCCAGAACUCAUGGGCCCUCAUUCAGUAAGGGCUUUGCUAUUGUUAGUCCACGUCAGUAGUGCUCUUGAGACAAGCCCAUAGUCCACUGCUAAUUAAAGCAGUAGCUGUUAUUUUUGUCCAGAAUUAGGUCUGAGCAUUCUUCUGUCAGUUCCUACUGUGCUUCUGAAGGGUAUGGAACAGUUCCAUCUUAUUCUGAGCCUGAGCAAUUUCAUUCACCAUAUCUAGUACAUAUGGCUUCAGAUGACCACCAUGCAGGGAAUCAUGUAAUUUCUCCUGCACUUGCACGGAGUUAUGUUACUAAACAUGAUGAAUUUCUUCUAGCACAUCAGCUUCUGGAGUCAACACAGAAGAUAAGUCUGGUUUGUUGUGAAUAUGCAUCACCUCCAUUACAAACUGUUGGCACUUGGGCUUCCUCAUUGCCCCAACCUGCAACAAGGUAUUGAGCAUAGUGGAUGUUGCCUCUUAAAAGGAACGUCUACUGAUGUUCUUGCAGUUAGAAGACUGACCUCUCAUGGCUUCUUCUGGAGUAUAUCUGGAACUCACCCCCCUGUGGUUGCUCUUUUGGAUGCCAUCCUUUGGAAUCAUCAUAAAUUUGAAGAAGUCUUCCUUACCCCAGUUCAAAGAAGGCACUUCAUCAGAGAAGAGUUGAACACUGUUAACAUCAGUUGUUCAUGCCCCCACUUAGAGGUCAAGAUAUUAUCCUUGGCCUUCUGAGUGAGGAUGCAAUGUAGGGUCUGGGUGCAAAUGUUUCUGUACUUUCUGGGUUUGAUGGAUACCAUGAACUUCAUGAUGCCAUUUCCAUACCUGGGGAUGCAGGUGUUGCUGUGAACUGUGUGAAAUCAGUAGGCUCAGAGCCACUUUGCUCCUAGUGACCUUCUUUUGGUACUAGACUCAUGUUGCUGGACCCUGGAGUGGUGGAGGAUCUUCACAAAUCUUCUGGUAUUUUUCUAUCUGCGGCCAAACUCAUAAUAGAUUUAACAACAGAUACUUUACAAGCAGUUUGGGGUGGAACUAGGGACCUACAGUGUGCAAGGACUGUGAUUUCCUGUUGAGAAGUGGGCUGUGCAUCAGUUAUUUGCAGUUCAGAGAAGAGCAUAUCAUCAGAGAAAAUGUUAUAAUGCUACUCCAACUCAGUUAAUGUUAGUAAAAGAACACAUUUUGCCAUCAGUGUACAAUUUCAGAGCAGUAAGACUUAUGAAACGGUAAUGUGUAGCAUUAUUAGAUAACUAUAAACUUCAGUGAUACACCAGAAGAUUCAAACAUAUGAGCAAAAUCAGGGAUGUUCUGUAAAAUUGAGGACAAUUGAGAGCUUUAGUCCAGCUGAAGACUUAUUAACUAGCACCAUCAUUCUUUAAUAUAAUAGAUGCAUUAUUAUUGCAGUAGUUGAUUUAACAGAGUUUCCUCCUUUAUAAGUCAGGAAUAUCCUGUCACCAUUCUUUUGUGAGUGAGAGGUCUAUUGGUUAUCAGCUGCUGUUGGAGUUCCCUGUAAGCCAGGUACUUAUUUAUUUUUAUAUUAGUUUAAUAACAUGGUGUAAUAUUUUCAUCAUUUGUGGAUUUUCAAGCUGAUACUUGCUAGUAGCUAGAGGUAGACCUGCCGACCUCUGGGAAUGAGCAAACUUAUCUGUCUGAUGCUUUUCAGAGAUGUAUGCAUGGUUCAGUACAAGAAAGAAAAUGUCAGAUACCAAUUGGCGUAGAAGCAAAACCCAGUCUAACCUAGAAUUCAUCAAGGAGAGACCACUUGUAGAUCAGCUGAUGUAGUAAGAAUGUAUACCUUACACUCCAGCCUGGAAAUUCGGUAUUUCUUUAAUUAGUAGAUGGUAUGUUAUGUGAAUGGUUGGAAAAUAGGUAUUACAUUAUUUGAGAUGAAAAGAACACAAUUCUGAGCUGUAGCAAACUUAUACAAGGUUUAGUACUUGACUUUUAUAAGUAUCGAUAGCUAGAGGAACUUACAUGUUCUUUAAGGCCCUUGAAGGGUUAAUCUCUUUGAUGAAUAUUUAAAAAUGUUUAGCAAAAGACAAUGUUUAAUAAAAAGAUUUCAUCAACAUUGAUCAUACUGGAGCUACAUGAAAUCAAGGCACAUCCUACUGUUUAAAGCUGUGGCAUUUAAGUAAUGGCUUGCAGACUGAUUAAUUCAGGAUUUUCCUCAUUUGUCAACUUAGUUUGCAGUCUCUGAUACUUUCUAAUAAAAAUGUUAAGUCUUCCAUAUCUGAUUCUUCAAACUUACUGUACUAACAAGUGUUUAAAAUGAUUUAUUAUUUGUUAGAGUAGGUGGAUAGAACAAUCAAUAUUUGUGAACUACUGUUUCUCUUUCAUUCUUUUUAGAUAUGUUUGAAGCUGCACUCCUUCCACUGAUUUAAUAAUAUAGUUGCAUAUGAUGACUUAAAGUUUAAGCUGAAUUUUACUAUGCUGUAUAUUUUCUUGUGCUGUAUCAUUUUUGUUUUACUAGAUCUCUGCCUUGAAUAUCUCCUGUAAAAGUGGUUACUGUGGCAUGUAUAAUGGAAGUACAUACUCAGUGAAUAAAUAAAAGUGAAUAAGCAAAGCAACUGUUA